AACAGUUUAGUCUUGUCUGGUGGUGGCGGUGCCUUUAGUUUUUGUUUUUACCUGUUUUCUGCACUGCGUUGGAGUGGGGAGGGUGGAAGAGCUCUGCAACCCUAGACUUUUUGCCCCUUCGCUUCCUUCUCCUGUGGUUACGGGUUGGUACUGCGUCCAGGUUGGCUAUAAUGAGAUUGUUUUCAUCUCCUCUCUCUCUAGGACCGGAAAUCACCUUCAAGCCAUUCUGGUGAAAGUCUGGCAUAAAUUAAGAAGGAAAACAUCUCCUUUGUUCUUGGCAUGGAUAAAUGUUCAGUGGGAGGAUUAGACUUGACUGAACAGACUCCUGUUUUAUUAGGGAGUAAAGCCAUGACAGCUAGUCUCAUGGACAUAGGAAACUCAUUUGGUGACCCAGCUAGCCCUUUAAUUAACAGAUCUAGAAACUCAUCAGUGGAAGAUGACGAUGAUGUUGUAUUUAUUGAAUCUAUACAGCCUCCUUCAACUUCUGCUCCAGUAAUAGCUGUUCAAAGAAAUUUUACAUUUGCUUCAUCAAGAAAUGAAAAGCUACAAGGAAAUUACUCCAUAAUUCUUCCCUCCUCAAGAGAUCUGGCUUCUCAGAAGGGAAGUCUAAGCGAGACAAUUGUCAUUGAUGAUGAAGAGGACAUGGAAACAAAUGGAAGAGAAAAGAGAAAUUCUUCCAGUUUUAUCGAAUGGGGACUUCCCAGAGCUAAAAACAGAACCAAAGAUUUGGAUUUCUCCACCUCGAGUCUUUCAAGAAGUAAGACCAAGACUGCAGUAGGACCUUUUAAUCCUGGUAGAGUGAAUUUGGCAGGAGAUGAAUUUCAGAAUGGAGAAUUUGCGACUCAUCAUAGUCCUGAUUCUUGGAUCUCCCAGUCAGCAUUGUUUCCCCGUAAUCAGAAACAGCCAGGGGUGGAUUCUUUAUCACCAGUGGCCUCGCUUCCUAAACAGAUUUUCCAGCCUUCUGCCCAACAGCAACUGACUAAACCAGUUAAAAUCACUUGUGCAAACUGCAAAAAGCCUUUACAGAAGGGACAGACAGCUUAUCAGCGCAAAGGAUCAGCUCACCUCUUCUGUUCCACCACCUGCCUCUCUUCCUUCUCUCAUAAGCGUACUCCAAAGAAACGCAAUGUAACAAGUAAAAAAGAUGCACCUACAAAAAAAGCUUCUGUUGUUCCUCAAGUGGAGUCAAGUGGAUCCUUCCAAAAAUUGUGUAGUACAUCUUGUUUGUCUCCCUUUGAAGACAACCAGAAUCUUAGAAAAAGAGUUCUGAAUAAAUCAAGAUGUACAAUCUGUAGUAAACUUACGGAGAUUCGCCACGAAGUCAGCGUUAAUAAUGUAACACAUAAACUGUGCAGUAACCAGUGCUUUAAUAAGUACAGGUUGGCCAAUGGUCUGAUAAUGAAUUGCUGUGAGCAGUGUGGGGAGUACUUGCCCAGCAAAGAUGUUGGAAACAACGUCUUGGUCAUUGAAGGUCAGCAGAUGAGAUUUUGCUGCCAAAGUUGUAUUAACGAAUAUAAACAGAUGAUGGAAACAAACUCAAAAAAUUUAUUAGCGUCAGAAAACAGAAAAAGGAAUGCUGUUAGAGAAGAAAAUGAAAGAAAAUUUUGUGGAUCGUUGAAUACACUUUUGGAAAAAGUAGAGGGAAUACCGGAAAAAAGGGGAAAGACGUUAGAGCUACAGGUUUCAGCAGAAUGUAGCCAAGACACAUCACUGAUCCUGCAGGAUGUGAAUUUACCUCCUCCUGUGUCAACCACAGCUGAUAAAUUGCAGGAGCAACUGGAAGAGAAAAAAACAGAAGACUCCAUUAGACCAGUUGUGGUUUCUGCAGAUCCAGGUACAUGGCCCCGAAUUUUGAGUAUUAAGCAGAGGGACACUCUAGUUGAAAAUGAUCCACCUCAAGUAAGAAAUUUUAACUUUCCAAAAGACAGUACAGGGAGGAAGUUUUCAGAAACUUACUAUACAAGAAUUCUUCCAAAUGGUGAAAAAACCACUAGAUCCUGGUUACUGUAUUCAACCUCAAAAGAUUCUGUGUUUUGUCUGUAUUGCAAACUCUUUGGGGAAGGGAAAAAUCAGCUGAAGAAUGAGAAUGGGUGCAAAGACUGGCAGCAUUUAUCACAUAUUCUUAGCAAACAUGAGGAAAGUGAAAUGCACAUCAACAAUAGUGUUAAAUAUUCAAAAUUAAAAUCUGAUUUGAAAAAAACUAAAGUGGUUGAAGCUGCUGGACACAGAUCACAGGAGACUGAGGGAAGCGAUGGUGUGAAGCUGUUGUACAUGGUCGACCUGGUCUGACAUGACCCAGUCAUGUGCUUACUCAGAUCUGCAUCCGCCAGUGGGUAUCGCCUGUGCUGAGGCUCUUGGCAGAGCAGCACAUCAGUCAUUAGCAAUAAGUAUCACGGCACAUAACUAGUAAGAUUUCGUUUCAUCUCCAAAUUCUAAGGGUAAUGGCGUUCAUAGUGGUUAAUGCCAAUUUCAGUGAAGGUAAAUUGUUACCUUUCCAGUCUGUCUGUUCACACCUUUUUAAAUGGGCACUUCAGGAAAGACAUUUGACUGGUGAGGCUGAUGUUCUGUUUGAUUAUCUUGAAAGUGAGAGAAAGGCUUGAAUUUAUCAAUACCAGUUGCACAAGAUAUUUAUGUGAACAGGCAUGUCAUUCAGAAACGGAAUGGGAUCCGAAACUGCAGCUUUUUGCUGUUAAACCAAAUACUUGUGAUUUAUUUCAUUUGGGCAAAACAUCCUUUUAUUUCAGCAAAAUAGCAUCAUUUGUUACAUUAAAUUAAGAUGGUUAAUUUGUGUUUUAUUGGUUUGGUUUGGUUUUAAUUUAAUUUGUAAAUGUUUUAGUUUUUAUUGUCAUGUGAAAACCAUAAGCAUAAAGAGUGUAUACCUAUUUUUAUGUUGGUACAAAUAUAAGAAAUAUUAAAAUAAAAUAUAUUAAGUUAACCUUUA